UCCAGUGAGGCAAUCGAUACAAUAUAUAUACACACUAAUACGCCUAGAACCAAACAUAUAUACAUAGGAAAAGUGGAAAAGACUUAAAGUCACAUUAAUUAGAACAAAAUGAAGAAUUGCAUAAUGUAUAUGGUGAUUGUAAUUAGCAUAAUGAGUGUAAUUAGCUUAGUAGAUGCGCAAGCAGCUCCACCUUGUGCUAUUCAGUUAUUACCAUGCAUGGAUUAUCUUAAUUCCACUACUAAACCACCCAAUAGUUGUUGUAAUCCAAUUAAAGAUUUAGAUGAAGCCGACAAAACAUGUUUCUGCCAACUUGCUUUAACUCCUGGCUUACUUGAAGGUUUUGGUGUUAAAAUCUCUCAGGCUUUCAAAGUUCUCCACUCAUGUGAUGUCAAUUUCGAUAUCACUUUCUGCAAAGCUUCUUCUCCGACUCUUUCUCCAUCAUCUAGGCAACCCCCAGCAACACCUGGAAGUGAUGAAGGAGGAUCGGGCAGAAUCACUUUAAAUGGACUCUGCUUUAUACUGUUUAUUUGGGCAUUUGUGUUGUUUCAUUAAGAACGUGGCGUUCAUCUUCCAAAGAUACUUACCUAAACCAAAAUUGUAUUUGAUAUUAUUUUUUCAUUAUUAUUGAGUGUGUUUCAAACUUUCAAUCAAUGUGUUUGGUCAUCUAUUAUAUUAGUCGUAUUUUUUUCCCUUAAA